AUGGCCAGAGGAAGUUCUGGAGCUCAUGUCGGAAACCCAGUUGUUGAGGGUAUGAUACUUAUCUCACACUCUUUUGCACGAGUCUUAUUCGACACUGGUGCUAUGCACUCACUUAUUUCCACUUCUUUUGUGAAAAUUUUGGGUUUAAAACCUGAGAACCUAGAGACCUCAAUGUUCAUGAACUCUCCAUUGGGAUGUGUGGAGGUGACUAGCAUAUGUAGGUCGUGUGUGAUCACAAUUGCAAGUGAGAAAUUGAGGGCAGACUUGAUAAUCCUUCCUGUGAAAUUGUUUGAUAUAGUGCUUGGAAUGGAUUGGUUGUCAAGAUACGGGGUGAUUGUUGAUUGCCACCGUAUGAGAGUUACCAUGACUACCGAUUCUGGCACGAUAGUAACAUAUCAAGGAGAGGGUGAAUCCGACAUCAUCGGGGAGAGUGUUGAGGUCCCCGUGGUCGAUGAGUACACAAUUGCUUUCCCUGAUGAGUUACCUGGUUUACCACCCAACCGAGAGAUCGAGUUUUGCAUCGAUUUUCUUCCGGAGACGGCUCUGAUUUCUAUCGCUCCGUAUCGAAUGCUACCCGCAGAGUUGAAAGAACUAAAGAAGCAACUCGAUGAGUUAGCAGAAAAAGAAUUUAUCAGGAACAACACUUCCCCGUGA